AUGAGGGAAUCCACAGUGGCAGGUGCAACUGGGGGAGAAGUUCCUGAGCAAAACCAGGAUGUGUCACAACCCCCGAGGAGGAAGGCUACGAGAGUGACCAUCUGGGAACCCUCCAGCACUCCACGAGCAGCUAUUGCCCCUGCUCAACAGGGAAAAGGAAAGCAGAAGCUUUCUAAGCACCCCGAGCCUAUACUUGAGUCCUCGGAUGAGAAUGACAAGCCUACUGAUAAAGUGUUCAAUUUAUACACCAACCCUACUACCACUACUCCUGCAAGCAAGAAGAAAUCGAACCGGCGCCAGCCCCGAGAAGGCUGUAGUGACCCAUCCGUAAAAAGAGCUCGGACGAAGGACCCUCCUGCACCAACUCCUUCGAAAGAGACGACUCCUCCUCCAGGUCCUGCCGACCAGAAUCCUCCAGCUCCCACCGACCAGAACCCUCUAGUUGUUGCCAACCCUAGCCCCGCUGCUCAGCUAGAUAAAACUCUGGUUGAGGCUAUUCUGAACUCCGCCUGCACCUCGGCCAGCGACAGGCUGAAGAAACUGUCCAGACACCGGAUUAUUUUGGAAUCCUUCAGCAACUCCCCCACCAUGCCGGUCGACCAGCUUCUUAAUCGCGGGCUAAACGAACUACUCACUGGGAUUCUGACCGUGAGUACUAGUUGGCGUCGCUCGGAGGAGGCGGUCGCCAAGCAUGCUGAAGAAAUCAAGGCGGUUGAGGGAAGGCUUGCCGAGCAGCACAAGAUGGUUGAGGCUAAGCAUGUUGAGGAGUUGCAAACAGCUGUGGCUAAGAUCUCCAAGCUUGAGGAGGAGCUGAAGAAGAAGGAGGACUCCGAGUUGGAAAUCAGCCGCAAAGAGGUUGCUGACCUUGAGGAGACCAAUGCUCGCAACCUGGAGAAGUAUGAGGGAGCGACCUUCCAGUGCUUCUACAUGUUCUGGAAGAGCAAUCCCAAGGCGGACUUCACCUACUUACCAGACCCUAUAAGGGAGGCUGAGUUGGUGAAGUGUGUUGCUCGGCUGGAAGAGGAGGAGAGGGCUCAGGGAUCCCCUGAGAUAUCUUUAGCAACGGGCAUUGAGGGAGUCAAUGAAGAUGUUGGGGCCACCGUCAACCAGCAACCACAAGAGCCUCAGGAUCCUUCUGAUGCUUCAUAA